AUGAAUGCAGCAGGAGGGUUCGUGCCACCCACGAUUAUUUUCCCUCGCAAAAAUUCAAGUGAGCAGCUUAAGAAAGGAGCUCCUCCGGGCACUUUGUUUGCAUUUCACCCCUCGGGAUGGAUUCAGACUGAGCUCUUCACUAAAUGGUUUGACCAUUUUUUGAAAAGGACAAACCCCACCAAAGACAGUCCAGUACUCCUUAUUUUAGAUGGACAUCACUCUCACACUCGAAAUACUGACGUAUUCAUAAAAGCCCGAGAAAAUUUUUUAACAAUAUUAUGUUUGCCUCCUCAUACAUCGCAUAAGAUGCAGCCUCUGGAUAAAACAGUCAUGGGUGCCCUGAAAACUUUCUACAGUGAGGAAAUAAGGCUAUUUAUGCGGGCACAUAAUAGAGCCGUAACACAUUUUGAUAUGGGCGAGUUAUUUGGAAGAGCCUAUACAAAAAUUGAGACUGCGGAGAGGUCAAUAAAGGGAUUCAGUACAACUGGCAUUUACCCCUUUCGACGAGAUGUUUUCUCCGAUGAAGACUUCUUAGCCGAACAGCAAAGACAUCAUGUGCCCCAUUCUGUCACAGCAGAUUUUCCAGAAAAUAAUGAACCAGCGCUAUGUCAUUCACCAAACAUUCUCCCCAAGGAUAUCGCACCAAUACCACAACUGAAAAAAAAAUAG